AUGUCUAAGCCUACUGUCAUUCUCGUUCAUGGUGCAUGGCAUUCUCCUGCCCAUUACCAGGAAUUCCUUGACGUUCUAGAAGAACAAGGAUAUCCUUGUGUUGCCCCGAGCUUACCAUCCGGGGACGUUGUCCCGCCCGAGAACCCGCCUGAAGCCGACGCCAGCUGCAUAAGAGAGAUCGCCCAGAACCUAGUGGACCAGGGCAAGGAAAUCAUUGCUUUUGGACACUCAUACGGCGGGACCGUAGUCACUAAUGCCUUUACGGGGCUCGGUAUCAGAACACGGGCUGCCGAAGGCAAGUCUGGAGGCGUCCGAUGGCUUGUCUACUGCACGGCUUUCAUCUUGGUGCAGAACGAAUCUCUUGAUGGUGCUGCCCCUCCUGAGGCUACUCCAUGGCAGCGUCAUGAGGGAACUCUAAAAGUCUUCACUGAAGGGCACGAUAUCGGCGCUCUUCUCUACUCUGACCUCCCCAGAAAAGAGCAUCAGAGAUGGUUGAAGUUAUUGAGACCAUUUCCUAUUGCUUCUUCGCAGUAUCCAACCCAGUCUCCCGCCUACCGAGAUAUUGAAACACUGUACAUUUACUGUGAGAACGAUGCUCUGCUUCCCAGCGUUGUGCAGAGAAGUCUCGUGACUAAAGUGAGAGAACGAGGCUUUGAGGUCCACGAGGAGAGUUUGCAGGCGGGGCAUUUCCCUUCACUGAGCAUGCCUAAAGAACUGGCAAACAUCAUUUCCAACUUGACUUGA